CAAAGUUUCAAUCCGUCUGCAAACGUCGCCGCUAUGCAUUAAGCCUCUGCCUUUUUCUGGUGUAACGAUUCGAUUGAAAGAGAAAUGAACUGUCGUAGCUAAGUCACAAGACGUCGACUGUGUAAUUCAAGUCAAGAACUAGAUGGAAAUCGAACAAAUACCGCUUAUGUAGUUUCUGACUGAUAAUUUAAACCGUUAGCUGGCUAGCUAACGUAGCAUUGUUUGUUUCGCGUUGUAUUAGCUCGCUUACUGACCGGUCAAGUAGCUAGCUGGCUAGCUAGCCCAGUAAUCACUGAUUGAUUCAUCAAGGAAGGAAAAUGGCUUGCGAAAACAACCGUGUUCGUUUACUUUGUAUGCUUUCAUUGACUUUUGGGUUUUUCAUUGUGGAAGUGGUGGUCAGUCGGAUAACGGCAUCCUUAGCGAUGUUGUCAGACUCUUUUCACAUGCUUUCGGAUGUAAUCGCUCUGGUUGUGGCUUUGGUUGCCGUACGCUUUGCGGAGAGGACACAGGCGACAAAUAAAAAUACCUUUGGCUGGAUUCGGGCAGAAGUGAUGGGGGCAUUGGUAAAUGCCGUGUUUCUCACGGCGCUGUGUUUCACUAUCAUUUUAGAAGCAAUCGAGCGAUUUACGGAGCCUCAUGAAAUUGAGCGUCCCCUGGUAGUCAUCGGUGUUGGAGCCGCAGGACUAGUAGUAAACCUCCUCGGGCUUUGCUUGUUUCACGGACAUGCAGGUGGGGGCCACGGGCAUUCCCACGGAGGCCGUUCGCACGGUAAGAAAAACAGGAAUAAAAUCCGCAAGUCCGAGAGACCUGACGAUUGCUCAACCGGCGAAGAGACCAACAAUCUAGUCGGUAGUCGCGCGACCAGUCCAAAUGGGGUGAACCCCGACAGGCGAGGAAGAACGGGCACACCCCCUGGUGACAAUGAGCUACAGCUGAAUGGCAAUGCCCCCUACGGCAAGCACGAGCAUGAGCAGGAGUGCAGCGAGGAGGCUGCCUCCCAGCUCAACAUGCGUGGUGUCUUCCUGCACGUGCUGGGCGAUGCCCUCGGCUCCGUCAUCGUUGUCAUCAACGCGCUCAUCUUCACCUUCGUGUGGCAGCCUUGCGAGCCCGGCCACCCCUGCAUCAACCCCUGCACUGAGAACCACUGCACGGACCACCAGCACAUCAACCACACACUGGUGGACUUGCAGGGUGGCCCCAAUCAGGUGCCCAUCGCCGGCCCCUGCUGGGUGCUCUAUCUGGACCCAACGCUGUGCGUGAUCAUGGUGGGCAUCCUCCUGUACACCACCUACCCCCUUCUGAAGGAGUCAGCCCUCAUCCUGCUUCAGACAGUGCCCAAGCAGAUUGAUGUGCACGGACUGAGCGCCCGGCUGAGGGAGCUGGAUGGUGUGCUGGCCGUCCAUGAGCUGCACAUCUGGCAGCUGGCGGGCAGCCGUAUCAUCGCCACCGCCCACAUCAAAUGCCACGACCCCACCUCCUACAUGGACGUGGCCAAACGCAUCAAGGGCUUCUUCCACGAUGAGGGCAUCCACGCCACCACCAUCCAGCCCGAGUUUGUCACGGUUAACUCAGAGUCACGCGCCUCGCUCUGCGAGCUCUCCUGCCGGACGCAGUGCGCCCCCAAGCUGUGCUGCGGGGCUGCCGAUGGUGGGAAGGCAGCCGAGGCUGCUGGGGAGACCAGGGUGGUGAGCGAGGGUAAGGCGGUGGCUGUGGACGCCGCCGCUACACUGCAGGUCAUUAACGAGACGCUAGAGAGCACAGCAAGGGAACAGGACGGCAGCUUUCAGGUGGCGCCUGGAGCCAAGGACGACAUGACCAUCCCUAGAGAGGUGGAGUCAUCCUUAUAAGAGAGAAUGAGUGCAAUCAAGGAGCCUAAAUGACCUGUGAUCAAUCUGAAGGGACCUGCAUGGCUGCCUCUUGCUUAGAGGAAGCAAUCUACUGUUCUGUAAGGUGUCUGCUUUGAACUGAAUCCAAACACAUUUACACAUGAGAUGUAGACACACACACACACACACACACACACACACACACACACACACACACACACACACACACACAGCCACCUCUUGACACUGAGCCUUUACUGCCAGCUACAGUGGCAGCAUGCUGAAGAUUCAUACUGGGUGACCGCUGAUACAAGCCACCGAGCGAGACCUGAUGCAUGUGCGUGUGUGUCACCAGCAUGUUGUGAAGCAUCAUCAGUGUUCAUAUGCUGGAGCUUCUCUCUGCUGGAUGUUAGGGAGCAUUGUCUUUCUGUGGAUCUAGAGCAACAAACACAUGCAAAUUGCAAAUAAGGCUGCUGGCCCAAGUUUGGGAACUUUUACUGAUAUUAGCAUUAUUACAAUAAGAGCCCCCUUUCCUUCCCCCUACAUUGCGUAGUUUAUCUCUGCUAUGUUUGAUUAUUUUGUGGCAGAAAUAAUAUAUGUAUUUAAGUUAUUACUAAUUACAUUUUUUUUUUCUUUCCAGAAUGUUUUGAUAUUUAGAUUUGCUAAUAAGUAAAAGGAUAUUCUGCCUCUUUUUAAAACAAAACUACUAUGCUGUAAUGUAGAAUAUUUUUUUAGUAGUCAUGUUUUUAAUGAACUGUAAUAUUGAGACUUAAUUUUAUUUUCCCAGCAGCCUCUGUUUAGAUGGCUCUUUGUAUUUGGCCCAGAAACCAGAGUCAGUACAAUUUCACCAAGCCUAUAACUGAAAAUACAAUGAAAGAAAUUGGAGCACUCCUCACAUUUUGCAAUUGUUCAUUUGCAGGAAAGCUGACUGCUUGCAAGUCGUGGCAAUGUCACAUGAGCAGGAC